AUGCAGCAGAGGCACCACCUCAACGUCGCGCGCGAGGUCGCGAUCCUGACCUGGCUGCGGGCGCUGCGCCUGCCCGGCGUCGUGCGCCUGCUGGGCACCAGCGAGUGCUCCAACAACGUGUACCUCACGUUCGAGGCCUGCGAGGGCGGCGACCUGUUCACGCGCAUGCGCGGCGGCGGCUGCCUCGGGCGAGGGGAGGCGGCAAUAUGCCAGGAGGUCAUUGGGCCGCUGCUGAGCGUGCUGGCGGAUCUCCAUAGCCUCAACAUCGUCCACAGGGACAUCAAGUAA